AUGGAUACUGAGGACAAGAGAAUGCGUAGUGUCUCGAGCAGCUUCAAGACAAACGACGGGGAAUCAACCAGAUCCGUCGCAAAGUUCAAUAGAACCAUGACUCACAAGAAGAUACAACCAUCUGUAUCGAUUUCUCGAAGUGAUUCGAGAUCCCUUCAGAAGAAAGUGACUUUUUCUAUGAAGCUCACCCAGUCUGAAUCCAUCAAUCUCAUGAAGAAAACCCACAGCGGGAUCACUCAGAAUCCUAAUUGUCACAUAAAUUUGAAAGUGACCAAGAAGCAACAAAAUCCACCCAUCUCGAGAUCAGUCUCCGAUUCAUCAUGCGUCAGGACCCAAUCCAAAUCUGAUGCCAAUAGGCGUAUCAAAAAGGACGAGAGAAGCAAAUUGCCACGGCCACCAGGACAGAAACUACAGCAACGGAAGAAGAUUACUAAAGAUCAGCAAAGUCAACUGGAGCACGACUUCAUCUUUCGCAAUCCGGAUUGGACAACUACAGUUGGCCGAGAGGAAUAUCGACUUGCCAACUGCCCGGACAUCCGACGGGACCAGAUUGUCAAUUUCAUGAAAAGAUGA